UUAAUUAUUGAUUUUCACUGUUUCCCCCAUUCUUUUCUUCCGCAACUUCGCAUCAUCAAAUGUUGAAUCACUCAAGCUCCGGCGGCCGCACCAAUGGAGUCCGAGUCGUCGUCGCCGGCGACCGAGGAACCGGAAAAUCCAGCCUCAUCGCCGCCGUAGCCUCCGAGUCCUUCUCGGAGACCGUGCCGCCGGUGCUCCCUCUCACUGUCUUGCCAACCGAUUUCUACCCCGACAACGUCCCCAUCACCGUCGUCGACACGUCUUCAAGCUUAGAGAAACAGGGGAAGCGCAAUGAAGAAUUGAAGCAGGCUGAUGUGGUGGUUUUAACGUAUGCUUGCAAUGAGCCUUCGACCUUUUCGCGGUUGAGUUCUUACUGGUUGCCGGAACUGGAGAGGCUGGAGGUGAAGGUGCCUGUAGUUGUGGUUGGUUGCAAGCUAGAUCUGCAUGAUGAAAGCCAGCAAGUGAGCUUAGAGCGCCUCAUGAAUCAGCUCCUACAACAGUUCAAGGAAAUUGUAACCUGCAUUGAAUGCUCAGCAGUUACACUAUACCAGGUCCCUGAAGUUUUUUAUUUUGCCCAAAAAGCGGUACUACAUCCAAUAGAUCCAUUAUUUGAUCAAGAAAGUCAAGCUUUAACAGAUCGAUGUGUUAGGGCAUUGAGAAGAAUAUUUGUUCUUUGUGAUCGUGACAUGGAUGAUGCCCUCAGUGACACAGAACUAAAUGAGUUCCAGGUUAAAUGUUUUGAUGCCCCAUUGCAGCCAUCUGAAAUAAAUGGGGUCAAAACUGUUGUACAACAGAACGUACCUGAAGGAGUCAACUCAAAUGGUCUUACUUUUCCAGGAUUUCUUUAUGUCCAUAGUAUGUUCCUUAGGAAAGGGCGCCCAGAGACAUUAUGGGCUGUUCUAAGAAACUAUGGAUAUGAUAAUGAUUUAAAACUCAGGAAUGAUUCCCUUCCAGUUCCGUCUAAGAAUGCUUCUGAUCAGAGUGUGGAGCUAACAAAUGAAGCUGUAGAAUUUCUGAAUGGUAUCUUCCGAUUAUUGGACACAGAUAAAGAUCGAGCCUUACGGCCUGCUGAAGUUGAUAAGCUAUUUUGUACUGCUCCAUCAAGAAAUGACAUGGGUUACAUAACACUCAACGGAUUUUUGUCCCAGUGGGCCCUCAUGACAUUGCUCGAUCCACCAUGUAGUGUGGCUAAUUUGAUUUACAUUGGAUAUAGUGGCAAUCCAGCUGCAGCACUACGUGUUACUCGCAGAAGAUCAGUCGAUCGCAAGAAGCAAGCAACAGAAAGGAAUGUAUUCCAAUGCUAUGUUUUUGGUUCUAAGAAUUCUGGGAAAUCUGCUCUCUUGGAUUCAUUUUUGGGAAGGCCAUUUUCAAAUAAUUAUACUCCGACAACAGCUGAACAGUUUGCAGCAAAUACCAUUGAAUUAAUACGGGGAACCAAGAAAGUUCUUGUGCUGCGGGAGAUUCCGGAAGGGGAAGUGCCGAAAGUUUUGUUAAAUCAGGAUUAUUUGGCAGCAUGUGAUGUAGCUAUCUUCGUGUAUGACAGCUCAAAUGAACAUUCAUGGAAGAAAUCUAGAGAUAUGCUUGAGCAGGUUGCAAGACAAGGAGAACUCACUGGCUAUAGAGUUCCAUGCCUCCUCAUUGCUGCCAAGGAUGAUUUAACCCCAUAUCCAAGGGCAGUACAAGAUUCAGUUAAGGCAACUCAGGAACUAGGAAUAGAGGCACCUAUUCACUUGAGUAUGAAAUUAGGUGAUUCAAGCAAUGUGUUCCAUAGGAUUGUUAGUGUUGCAGAACACCCUCAUUUAAGCAUUCCAGAAACAGAGAUUGGGAGGAAAAGAAAGCAAUAUCAUCGGCUUCUUCAAAACACACUCAUUUUUGCAUCAGUUGGAACUGCUAUGGCUGUUGUUGGUGUGGCGGCAUUGCGUGCAUAUGCAGUGAAAAAGAAAUCUUCUGGUUAGUCGUCAAGUAAAUUUAUGCUGCUUCUGGUGCCGAUUUAAAUGUUAAAAGUACCUCCUCAGUAUUGUGUAUACUAACCAUGAUGAACUACCUUAAGUUAGAGUAUUUGUGUGUAUAGUAAUAAAUAGUUUCAUUAUUUUUUAUUGCUAGUGGAUAUUUUAAGGGUAAAUUACGUUACAUUUAUGUUCUUAAAAUUUGAUUUAAGUUACAUAUAUCUGUCAUUUGUUUAUGUAAAUUACAUUUGCUUCCUUU